UGAAACAACACGCAAAGGAUCGACGCAAACCAUCAGGAGAAGACGAACGAUUUGAUCGUUUGUUCAGAAAGAGUUAUUGGCCACGCAAAGCAGAAUCCAAUGACGUUCUUCUAGACGCCGACUCGGAUGCGGAUCGUACUCGGAGGAUCGGAGUGUUUUCGUGAGUGGUGAUGAAAGGCUCGGUGUAGAUCCUGAAUUCGGGAAGCGCAAACGGAAACCAAAUUCCAGGAUAACGGUAUGACGGGCGAAAAUCCCAUGCCGCGUUCCUCGAUCGAGGAGGGAAUGGAGAUCGAAGUGCUGGAGAACGAUAUACGCACGUUGCGAAAGCAGCUGCAAGAGAAGGUUCAGCAGCUGAAGGCCUUGAAAAAACAUUUUCAGAAAAACUGCAUUACCAAACUGAACAAUGACGAAAUCGCGCGCUACAGUCGUCAGAUCAUUCUUUCCGAGAUUGGCGUUCAGGGACAGUUGAAACUGAAAAAAGCGUCCGUGCUGGUGGUAGGUGCCGGAGGGCUCGGUUGUCCAUCAGCGCUCUACCUAGCCGGAGCCGGAAUUGGACGUAUCGGAAUACUGGACUACGACGAGGUCGAGCUAACGAAUCUUCAUCGACAGCUGUUGCACACGGAAGCGACCGUCGGCCUAACGAAGGUGGCAUCGGUACAAAACUACCUGGAACAACUAAACUCCCAGAUAGAAAUCGAAACGCAUCACGUGCAGCUGACGAGCGAAAAUGCGCUCACCAUUCUUACGCCGUACGACGUGGUGGUCGACGCUACGGACAAUGUGGCCACUCGCUACCUGUUGAACGAUGCGUGCGUAAUGCUUGGCAAACCACUCGUCUCCGGCAGUGCACUGCAACUCGAGGGUCAGCUGACGGUGUACAACCAUCGGAGUGGACCUUGUUAUCGGUGUCUCUACCCAAUCCCACCGCCACCCGAGGCCGUUACGAACUGUGGCGAUGGCGGAGUGCUGGGAGUAAUCACCGGAGUCAUUGGCGCCCUGCAAGCACUGGAAACGAUCAAAAUCAUCCUCUCCAACGCGGGCGUCCUAAGUGGCCGUUUGCUGCUAUUCGACGGACAACAGAGCGUUUUUCGGAAUCUGAAACUGCGAUCCAAGAAACCGGACUGUGCCGUUUGCUCCACAACGCCCACCCUUACGAAGCUGAUCGACUACGAACAGUUUUGCGGAAUGCGCGCCACGGACAAAGAUACGGCCCUCACGCUGCUCGAACCACAGGAAAGGAUCACCGUCCGGGAGUAUCACGACGACUGGUUAACGACAGGUCGGCAGCACCUGCUCAUCGAUGUGCGAGGGGCCAAUCAGUACGAGAUGUGUCAGCUGCCGGGGACACCGAUCAACAUACCAAUCGAAGAUAUUCUACACGAUCGGCGUACGGAUGAGAUCAUUGCCCAGGUUCAGGCCACGGGCGACUCGCUACCGGUGUACGUCGUCUGCCGCCGGGGCAAUGACUCGCAGCUGGCCGUGCGCCAUCUUGUGCCCCUCUUUAAAGAACGAAAUCUUCCACCACCCCGAGACCUGAUCGGAGGAUUGCACGCGUGGACAAAAACGAUCGAUCCAACGUUCCCCAUCUACUGAAGAGGGACGGGGCAAACUUUGUUGUUUAUGUACUCUUUACCUGUUUUGCAUUUGAAAGCACAAUAAAAUUUAG